AUGCUAGAACGAUCCCAACUCCCCAUCGAGGCAUUGCCGGCAUGGGCACAUCUGAAUGGAAUCAAGUUCCACGACAGCAUUGGCUUUGAGAAACUCGCAAACGGCUCGGGUAUAGUCACGAAAGUGGACAGAAAAGAAGACGACCAUGAUGAUAAUUCAGAAAUAAGAAAAAAUGAUCAAGAACAAACAAACAAUGUUGAAGUUUUGAUUUCUGUCCCUUCUGAUAUGGUUCUGUCGCUUGACCUUGUGCAUGAUUUUGCAAAAUCAGAUUCGUACCUGAGGGAGGUAUUAGAGGCUCUAGGUGAUUUUGGAAGGACUGCUCGCGGGGCUAUUCUCAUAUUCUUACUCUGCCAUAUAACAUACGAGAGUGACACACAUACCAAAAUCGGAGUUACAAACCCCUGGUCAGAAUACAUCAAAUUCAUACCGAGUGAUAUCCCAUUACCUACAUUAUGGACAGAAGUCGAACGCGUAUUAUUAUAUGGCACAUCUCUCAAAGACGCCGUCGAUUUCAAAUUAUCCGCACUCGAAUCUGAGUUUGACCGUCUCCAAGAUGCCACGCAGUCUAUCUCCUGGUGCAAUCGGGAGUGGUGGGAUGAAGAGACGGGUCGAUUGAGCUUUGAGGAUUGGAAUAUGGUUGACGCUAUGUAUCGUUCACGGGCGUUGGAUUUGCCCGGUUCGGGCCAUGUAAUGGUUCCUUGCGUGGAUAUGGCUAAUCAUGCCUCGGGAGAAGAGACGGUCGCGUUAUAUGAGACUGAUGAGGAUCGCAAUGCUGUGCUGCAGCUUCGGUUGGGGAAGAAGCUUCGGCCAGGCGAGGAGGUUACAAUAACAUAUGGAGAUGAAAAAGGCGCAUCAGAAAUGAUCUUUUCUUACGGUUUUCUGGAGAGUUCCGUCAACAGCGCACGGCAACUAUUUCUAGCCCUCGAUAUCCCAGAUGACGAUCCCUUGAAGCAGGCCAAGAAAAUGAUCUGCGCUAACAAUACGGCGCCGGGCUUGCGGCUAGCCGUGGAAGAGGGGAAGACCAAAUGGGAAAGCGAUUUCAUAUACUGGGCGUGCGUCAAUGAAGAAGACGGCCUCUCUUUUGAGCUGAUGCAAACUCACGAGGGCCCACCGGAACUCAAAGUAUUAUGGAAGGAUGAGGAAGAGAUCGGCCACGUCUCGGACAAGACGUCAACAAUGAAGGCGAAGUCAUUGCGAGGUAUCCUCUCUCGCGAACCCCAAUGGGAGAUAUUUCAUUUACGUGCAGUUGUGCUUGUUCAGCAGUGUUUGCAAUCUCACCUGGCCAUGUUGGGAGGUGAAAUGGAGCAGGAAUUUGCGAAUGUAGAGCAUGAUGCGGACGGAAGCCAAACUGGUGUUCGCAGUUAUAUCUAUGAUAUGAUUCGACAGCUGAGAAUCCAGGAGACAGAGUUACUGAAAAGGGGCCUGGAGGAUCUCUCCAGCGAGAUUGAGGAUUUAAUGUCCUCAGAGCCGGUGAGGAGAUAUCUCGAGCAACAAGAACAGGUUGAAGAGGAUUUCUCGUGA